ACACUUAACCUAUCACGUCACUGUCAUUAUCCACAGGGUACGCUACUACUCUGCGAAACAAAAACAUUAACUUUUUUUUCACAAAAUUCUUAUAAAAUAAGCUCAAUUAUUAGAAUUAAGUCUUCGCAAUGAGUGCGCCUAAUGGGAUGCUGUAUGGCGGUGAUGAAAUCGGCGCGCUAGUAUUCGAUCCUGGCCACCAUACCUUAAGAGUUGGAUAUGCCCAAGAAGACACGCCAAAAGCCGAUAUUCCCGCGGUCGUUGGCGUGGGACCAGCCACACAUAUCCCAGAACCUGAGGAGAAGGUCCCAGAUGGAAAUGUCACACAGAGCGGCACCAAAGCAGGCGGAGAGCUCCGACACUACAUAGACGUGACAGAGCUGCACGUGCCGAGACCGAACAUGGAGAUACAGACGUACAUGAAAGACGGACAGGUGGACAACUGGGAGCUGUUCGAGAAGAUGCUGGACUAUUGUUACGCUAAAGUCAUACGCUCCCCAUCAGAACACCACCCGGCCCUCUUCACAGAAGCGGUGUGGACCACACGGCCAGCGCGGGAGAAGCUGGCUGAGCUGCUGUUCGAGAAGUACCAGGCACCGGCGUUCUUCCUGGUGAAGAAUGCUGUAGUGGCCGCGUUCGCUAGUGGAAAGUCCACGGCCCUGGUGGUGGAUGCUGGCGCGAGCCACACCUCAGCUGUACCGGUUAUAGAUGGUUACGCUCUGGUCAGCGCGGCGGUGAGGUCUCCACUGGGCGGCGACCACCUCGCGGCACAAGCUAAAAUCAUGCUGAACAACAUGCAUAUACAGAUGUUGCCUAUAUAUAGUAUACAGAGUAAAGAGGUUAUAAGGGAACGCGAGCGCGCCAGAUACACCCUCAAGCCGCUUCCCGCCGGCUUGACACACUCCUGGCAGCAGUACAUGCUGAAGAGACAGUACGAGGACUUCUGCCACUGUGUUGCGCAUGUAUCAGAAAGUCAAUACGACGAGCGAACUGCCGCUUCGGUGCCGGGCACGCAUUACGAGUUCCCCGGCGGUUACCACCAGGACUUCGGCCCGGAGAGGUUCAAGCUGACCGAGUGCUUGUUCGAACAGGCAUUGGGUGCGCCGCAUAUUGUGUGCGCGGCGGCGAGCGCGUGCGACGCGGACGCGCGGCCCGCGCUGUGGGGCGGCGUGCUGUGCGUGGGCGGCGGCGCCUGCCUGCCCGGCUGGAGCGACCGCCUCGCCAAGGAGCUGGCCAGCAGGGCGCCCUCCUCGCACAGGCUAAAGAGUCACACAGCGCCGUCUCAUAAUGAAAGAAGAUUCGCCGCUUGGAUCGGCGGUUCAAUCCUCGCGUCCAUAGGAUCGUUCCAGCAAAUGUGGAUUUCAUCCCAAGAGUAUGACGAAGGCGGCAAGGGGCAACUAGAAAGGAAAUGCCCUUAAAUUAAUCAAAAAAGAAAUAAUUUAGCUUUAUAUAAAGCGUGUAAGGAACUACCAUGUUUAUCGCCUCGAUAAUAUUUGAGGGCGCAGAAUAUCAUAGCAACUUUAUGCCAAAUCAAACUAAAUAACGAUCUUAUUAGAAGUGUAUUAAAUUUAAAAUCUAAAAACAAAAUGUCUACUGCUAUCUCGCUCGUUAUAGCGGACAGUUCAGUUCGCGGGGUCGAUAAAAACAUCUUUUUUUUAAAUACUUACAUAUAUGUGUUGUAUAAAAGGACAGUGUCGCGUUUACUUUGUAUGUGUAUCGUAUGAAUGAGAAAAUAAAUUUUAAU